AUGAGUUUAAGAACGCCGAAGAGAAGCAGGACCAACGAAGAACAGGAACAGGAUCCGAACCAGGAACAAGCACAAGAGCAGGGACAAAACCUGGAUACACACAUGCCCCAUCACCAACAACAACGACCGGGGCAGACGACCCUGUUGAGCACCCCGGUGCGUAUUAAAAACGGAUUUGGCACGCCAUCGCCGCCGUCACCACCGGCCACAACAAAUAGCAUCACCAAAUCCAGAAGAAGGCCGUCAGCGACUACCAUGCAAGGCACAUUCAUGUCACCCGUCAAUAAGCGUCGUGUCGGGGCGGCUGCACAUGGACGUGUAUCUGACCACGACGAAAACGGACACGAAAGUGAGAGUGAAGACGACGAAAAUGAAAACGAAAAUCAAAAUAAGAACCACCUCCACCGCCACGGCGGACACGCUGGCAUGACCUUGUUGCCACCCACAACGCCCAAGUCGAGGCGGUCGGAGGUGUUUCUGUCGCCGUCACCGCGCCUGAGGUCACCUCCGACGGCCACGCGUCGGUCCGCGAGCGAACGGCCCAUCCGCGAUAUAUCGCAUACACUGCGCACCAGGCUAAACUACGCUCUGGUCAAGUUGCAAAACGGAUGGACCGACAAAACACUGCCCGAGCUGGAGACACAGCUGGCCCCCGCGGCACAGACAACGUCGCCACGGCGCUACCAUAACCGGUUCCCGGACAGCGCAGACGCGGGAACUUCUGCGCAUACAGCGUUUCUGCAGGCGCUGGGGGGGCACCCGCCGCGCGAGGAGGCCACUGCGGUCGAAACGCUGAUGCUGCUGUCGUCGCCCACGAAGAAACAGCAGCAUCGGCCCGUAGCGGUUUCUUCCGCUGGGGGGCCGGCGGACGAGACUGAGCCCGAGUCGGACACCGAAGUGGAGACGUCGUAG